AUGAAGGAAAACGAGUUAGAAAGCAACAAAUGGCUUCAAGGGUUAUUUGAUAUUCGUGAAUCAUGGGUACCCGUUUACAAUCGUGGUACAUUCUUUGCCGGUAUGAAUACUACCGUACGUAGUGAGGGUAUUAACUCAUUUUUUGAUGGUUUUGUAACUCACACGUCAAAUCUCAAAGAAUUUGUGGUGAAGUAUGAGAAAGCCUUGAAUAGGAUUGUGAAAAGGGAAAAUGAUGAGGAUUUUGAGUCCGAACAUAAAUUUCGGAUUGUUAAUGACCAUGAAUUUUUGUUGAAGCAUGCGGGAAAAGUGUAUACUAGAAACGUCUUCAACAAGUUCAAGGAAUCAUGGAGUAAAGUCUUUGACUACAAAGUUGAAAAUGUGAGAAAUGGCAAUAGUUUUCAAUCUUUCGAAAUGAAGUCAAAAUAUGAUGAACUUGAAAAGUUUGAGGUGACAUUGGAUUCGCAAACCUAUGAGGGAAAGUGUGAAUGCCAACAAUUUGAGUUUGUUGGGAUAUUGUGUGCGCACAUUUUGAAAGUGUUUGUCCGACUAGACAUUGAUGAAAUACCGGAACAUUUUAUUCUUCCACGAUGGAGGCAAAAGGCCAAUAAAUUUAGGAUAAUUGAUUCCCAAGGAUUGGUGCAUGACGAUGGCAAAGAAGAAUCUGAGGCAUUAAGACUUAGCCAUAUGUGUCAAGAAGCUACGAAAUUGGCUUGUUUGGCCGCCCCAUCAAAUGGGGCAUACACAAUUUUUAUUGAAGGUAUGAAUGAUUUAUUUGAGAAGAUUCAAAAAGUUUCUAAGGUGUCUCCAAUUGAAAUUUGUGCUGACAAAGAUAAUGAGAAAUCUAUCGAGCCAUCGCGGGCUGAGAUAUUGCUUUUGGAUCCGAACAUCUCACAAUGCAAGGGUAGGAAAAAGGACGUCAAGGGCAAAGCCGCUACUACACAAUCUACUUGGAAGAGGAAGUGGAAGGUUCAGAUAGUGACCAAGAGGAAGGCUCAGAUUGCUCUGAAUGAUCUCAGAGUAUUUUGGCAUGUUAGCUUUGUUUCUUUUUGGGAUGAAAUGGAAUGUAAGAAAGUUAUUCUCAUGGAUCAGUUUCAAUGUGCUGAAAAAUUGAGUUUUAGAAGUGCUGAAAUUGAGUAUUUGGAAUGCCGGUGUCCGUAUCGUGUUCGUUCACAAAGAAGUGCUGAAAUUGACUAUUUGGAAUGUGCUGGAAAAUUGAGUUUUAGAAGUGCUGAAAUUGACUAUUUGGAAUGCCGGUGUCCGUGUCGUGUCCGUUCACAAAGUUAG